AUGUUGCCACGACAAAACAUAGGAAACAAUGAGGCCGUCGCUGAGACUAUACCCGCCAACAUGACGCUUGCCAUGCACCCCAGAAACACACGGCCGACAGGUGCGGAUUGGGAUACCCACAGGCCUGUCAUUACCCGUCUGUACUGGGACGAAGGAAAGCCGUUGAAAGAAGUCAGGGCGAUCAUGGCCAAUGAGCAUGGUUUCAAGGCUACGGUGAAGAUGUAUAAGGUACGGUUCAAGCAAUGGGGGCUAACCAAGAACCUCUCGAGCCGCCGUGUGGCACAUAUUCUAGAAGCCGCCAUGGACGGGAAGCCUACUCAGCUCCCUGUCAUCCAAGGGCGGCAACUUGGCUCUCAAAGGGUCAAGAGAUGCAUGCAGAAUCUAGCAACAGCAUUCGGUGCCACUAUCAUUCCGCCGCAAACGGUCAGAAAACAGAGCCCGCCCAUAUUCGUAUCAGCGCCAGACAUUAUGCGAUUCCCCGAGGGAUGCUUACAGGCAGUCAUUGACUUCGCAACGGGCCGUAUGGAUGGGGACUCGUUCGGCUUGAGCGGCCCCGAGUAUCCAUGGAUGGAAGACAAAUCGUUGAAUGUAUGGCACAACAGUCGCAUGGCACUAACGAAAAUCGCCGAAAAACGCAACUCACCCCUUUACUUCAGUCUCCUCAACAAGGCCUUUGAUCAAUACUCCGUCGCGAUCGACCGCCUGGAGCCUACGCUCGUGUGGGUGUCACUGUUAUGUAUUCUGCUGCUGGCGCAGGUCGGUGAAGACCUCGCCAGGACGUUUGUCGAGUACUCCGCUCGGCUCUGUGCCAUCAAGUUGGGGCCUGUCCACCCUCUGACACGACUGUGGUCCAUGGUGAGGUGUAUGAGCGUCGACGAAGUUCGACGGGCUGUAGUCGUCAUCUUCGAGGCAUACUUUGCCAGUUGCCAAAGUGAUGUCCGACCCGGCGAAGAAGUUCGCCGGGUAUCGAUCGUUCAUGUCGCUCGGGCUUUGCUGAGGGUGGGCGCAAUAUCGUUUGAGACGGCGUCAGCAACCAUAAAGAAGAUUGAGAAAGAAUUCAAAGACCGCUGCGUGAACACGGUUGAUGCGGAAUGGUAUUGGUGGUGUCGUAUUUUCCACUGUCAACUGUUGUACGACCACGGAAAGUUCGACGAGGCAGACGGGGAUAUGCCUGCCAUUGGAAGACAUCUUCAUUGCGGCAACCCCGAUUUGAAUUUCGAUGACAUUGAAGACGAAGUUACUGUCAUGACCUACUAUGCGCUGAAGCCGUUAAUCCUGGAGGCUCGUGGUCUCAUGGACGAGGCAACACGGUAUUACGUUGCGUCUUAUGAGUUCACCAAGAAGAUCAGAGGCCAUUCGUACAGUCGUAUGGUGAGUGUGACUGCGAGUCUGGAAGGACAUUACCGUCGGAAGGGUGAUCUCGAAGCCGCCGAGAGAAUCAGGGAGGAGUUUGAGAGCGCAUGGAAGACACUAGUCAAGGUAGGGAAGUAG